AUACGAUGUUAUCCGUUAUCAACAAAUUCAUUUUUAUGUGACGUCAUUUUUAUUUUUUAUUUUUUUCAUUAUUAUUGCAUUAUUAUACAACUAGUUAACUAAUAUCACUUUAAUAGUCAUUCGUUUAAAUAUAUCGUUUGUGCAAUCAAAUAUAAAGAGGAAAUCAUAAACAUAGUUUUUUUCGUUUUAAUAUUUUUUUUUUACAAAUGUUAUAUUAUAAUAGAAAAUGUAAUAUUUUCGAGUCUUAGUGUACAUCGAAUUGGAAGAACAAAUUGUUUAGUGACUAUAAUAAGAAUGACGACUUUAACAGAAAAUACUGCAGAAUUACAACGUGAACUAGGUCUCCCCAGUGCAAUAUGCCUUAUCAUCAGUGACAUGUUGGGUGAGUACGAGACGAUAAUCAAUAUAAGUUUUACAAUAAUUGGUGCUUAGCAACGAUAAAUAUUUCCUUUUUAUUUUACACAGACAAAUGACUCGCGGACACCGAUUUUUUCACGGAAUUGGGGGGAAAAGUGUCCGCUUGCGCCCUCUUACAAUUUUUAUCCAUAGUUCGUCUAUGGAUAUAAUACAUCGUAAUACUAUAUUAUGGUGUAUAGGUGUCAAUCAAUAAGUCAUUGGUCAGAAUAUUCAAGCUUAAAUAAUCGUUUUUCUUCUUUAGUUGUAAUUUUGUACGACUAUAUUCAAUGUUAACGAUUAUUUAAACAAAAAACUAUAAACUACCUUACACCGGAUGUAAUGAUUCUAGGGAGUUCUGUGCUCAGAAUCACUAAAAGUAUAAUUCAAAUCGUCUUCUGAAAUGUAUGCUAAAUAUGAGAAUAUUUUCAUAAGCGCAACCAAAAGGGUGCUGGGGAAACUUAGCGCUCCUAUUAAAGGUUAGGUUAGUUAAUUAAAAUUAGCUACCAGAAAAAAACCCAAUAAUCUUUUUCAUAGCAUCGGUUAAAUAUUUAUCUAUAUAUUAUUUCAUAAUCAAUAAGCAGAACAAAGUACAGAUUACCUACAGACAAUGUAUUAGACUAUGAAAAAUAAUGUUAAUAUAGUUAAUAAUACAUUUGUAUAUAAUAAAUUGUAAAUUAAAUGUGUAAUUGCUUAUUAUUAGAGCAUUUUAAAGGGGAUUGUAGGGGUAUGGUAACCACGGGUCUGUGAUAUUUCGAUAAUUUGAGCACCCUUAAAAUUGAUAGUUUAAUUUCGCCUAUGAAUUAAUUGCUACUCAGUAGAAUACAAUCAAUGAUCACAGAGAAGAAGAAGGGUAUAGUAGUCCAAUUUAGAACAUUGUUCAGCAGAGCGAAACUUCUCUGCAACAAUUUGGAUUACGAUCUAUAUAAUUUUAACUAGUUCGUCCAAUAUUAAUAUACACACUUAAUAUUAUCAGAUUGAUACCUUUUUUCACCCUAUGAGAAUCUCAACAUUCGAUAGCACAAUUUCAAUAAAACACUAUCGAACACGUUCGACCGGUUAAUGCGUCAUCUCAAAAAUGAAAAAAUUGACUUACUACCCUUCUUCUCCCAUGUCCUUUAAUUUACUAUUUUCAAAAUGUUUUAUUCUAAAUUAAAUGUUGAUAAAUAUUUCUGUGCGUUUCUUAUUUGAGGCGGAUGGGUUUAAUAUUAAAAUGUUCUCUAUUAAUUCAUUGAUCUUUUUGAAAUUUUGUUUGUCUCUAUUAUUUUGUAUAGGUUCGGGAAUUUUCGUGUCUGCAGCCAGCGUAUUGGAGAACACAGGGUCGGUUAGUAUGUGUCUGGUCCUCUGGGUAUUGUGCGGUUUGAUAUCGCUUUUAGGUAAAUACGCACUGUGGAUUAUUUAUCAGUACUAAUAAGUACUAUAUAUUGUACAUGCUUACAAUAAUUAUACUAUUAUUCGUAUUCAAACUGACCUCAUCUUUCAAUACCGUUAAUUUAUGACUAUUUCGUUUUCCAUAAAAUUAAGAAAAUAUUACAAUAUGCUGAGUGGUAAUAAUUGUUUCAUCACAAGCAUAAAAUAGCGCAUAGCAUACUCGUAUGGGAUGUCUGUAUAUGACGACAUAUUUGAAAUUUGUUCGCCACCUCCAGCAUUUUUUUUUUUUUUCAAUUUGCUUAAAGUGUAUUUGCUUGAAUUUAAAAAUAAAUAUUCCUUGAUAUUUCCUGCAAAUUCCUCUAUCACAGUGUUGGAUCCAGGAGAGGGGCGAUGGGAGCAAUUGUCUCUACUGUUCGGGUCCCAAUUUACUAUUAGAUUGAUUUUCGUCAUAAAUGUGUACCCCAUAUGAAUUUUCAAAAUCAUCCCUCCUCCGCCACCUCCUCUCCCACCCUCGUUAUCUCGUUAUCUGUCCAGAUAACGUAUAAGUAACGGUAUCAUUACAUCUCAUCGUCGUUUCUUCUUGACUACAACACAGUGUCCCUGUCGUACGCCGAACUGGCCACAGUGGUGAACAAGUCCGGCGGCGAUUUCAGUUACUAUCAGACCGCGUUUGGAAGCGUGCACAAAUUCUGGGGACCGCUGCCGAGUUUCGUCAAUUCGUGGGUGAUCAUCAUGUGCGCGUACCCGGCCGGCGUGGCCAUCACGAUGAUGACGUUUGCCCAACAUGUCGUCGAACCGCUGGGCAUGUGGUUGUUCUUAGACCCGAGCACGGAAUACGCUCUGAAGAAAGCGGUCACCAUAAUGUCGAUCGGUAGAUAACAUACAAUUUUAUCGGUUUUGUUCACAAUUUAAAUUAUUAUAUUAUAAUACAGUAUGGUCGACAAAAUAACGUAAGACACUUAUUAUCUCGGAAAUUAGCGUUAAAUUUUUCGGAACCUGUAUUUAAAAAAAAUUGUACAAUGUUGUAUUGCCGUUAGUUUUUGAUACGCUUAUUUUCCCGCGUUUUGAUUUUUAAACGACAACCAACAUUAAAAAUUCUAUGAAUUAAUGAAGUUUUAGAUUAAAUACAUUUUUGUGUUGACAUUUUUAAUUUACGUCGACCCGUAACGAGAAUAAUCCACUCUAUAUUUUAUCGUUUUGUGGGUAAGUCGCGGAGCGUACUAUUGAAACCCGUAUGCACCGCUACAACUGCAGAUCCUCCAUGGAAGCAUUUUUUCUUGUCGAUUAUAAAACAGAAAAUUGAGAAGAAAAGAUUAGACCAAAAUUAAUGUUAUUUAGCUUCCGUCGAAUUCAUACGCAAAUACUUACGUAAUGUUAAAACAAUAAAUAAAAAGUUGAUACUGUUUAUGUCACUGUUUUUGGUGGGAAGUUGAAAAUAAGGAUAUAUAAAGUAUAAUUUAAUUUAAAUUUGUACGUACCGACAAUAGGUUACUAACGAAAAACAAUUCUUAACAAAGUAUUAUUAGUCGUAAUUGAUUGCCCUCUGUUGCCAAAGUAACCUAAAAAUCAACUAAAAUUAUACAAAAAAUCACCAUUUCAUCCCACUUAUUAAGAAAAAUCAAAAAAUAAACUAAUACCAAUUAUAUAAAAAUGCUACAAGAAAGUUCCUAUGAAGUUUAUGAUUAAAGCAUGGUUUCUGAUAGAAAACUUAUGUAUAGACAAAAAAAAAAACACACCAUUCUAAAACCAAUAUAUUCUUCGCUUUUAGAAUCGCAAAAAAAGAAAUUCGUAGUCGAAAAUUAAAUCGAUAAUUAUGAACGGCAAUGCAUUUAUACCACCGUUUGCUACAAAUCAAAAACGAAAUACUUUAUAAUACACGAAAUCUUUCGUGAACAGUAUUACUUUCUACGAAUGGAUAUAUAAUAAGAUACCUACCUAUAUUAUGUCCUCCUAUAUUCGUUAUAAAUUUAGGUAUCAUCACACUGAUCAACUAUUCCAGCGUGAAAAACUUCAUUAAAAUCCAAUUCGUGUUCACCACAUGCAAAGUUGUCGCUUGUGUGUUGGUCAUCGGCGGCGGAAUGUAUCAACUCUACAAAGGUAGGUACCAUAAAAAAAAUUAUAUAAUUUAUAUACAUAAAAUAUAAUAUAGAUAAUAUUUUAUAAUAUUAAAUAAUUUAAGUAUAUUAUAAUCAAAUUUCUUAGGGAAAAAUCAGUAGCUUAGUUGGUUGUAAGUGGGAAGUUGGGAGAGUAGGAUACAUAAAACGAUUUAAUUUAUGUCUGUAAGCAACGAUAAACCAUUGUUAGUGGUAAACGUUUCUUAGGAAAGUUCAUUUAUACAUGAUUUUCUUAUUUGAACAUUAAGUACAACUUAUUCUCAACAUCCUGUUAAAUUUUCGUACAUUUCUGUUUUUUUCAAACAAUUAUAUCCACAUACAGUACCUACUAAAUAAAAACUACGUAAAAAAUAUGCAAACAUAAAAUACAUAUUAAUUAAUAGUCCACUUAUACCUCGUAUAUAUAUUGUGUUUACCAAUUAAUACAGGAAUAAAAUGUUUCACGCAGGAAAUACUGACAAUUUGAUGACCGGUUUCGAGGGAACGACCCUGACGAUAAAAUCUCUGCCGGUGGCUAUGUACAGUUGUCUUUGGGCGUUCAGCGGAGGGUAAGUACCUGCUGCACAAAUUAAGUAGCAAAUGUUCAUAUAUGAAAUACUUUUGGCAGGGAGGCUGCAGCAAUAGUCGUCGAGGAAAUAAAAAAUCCUCAAAGGUACUCUACAUAAUGUAAUUAUCAUAAUGUUUUAACGCGAUGACUAUUUAUUUUUUUUCUUACAAUCGCAGGAACGUAUUGUUGAGCAUUUUGUUGGCGUUACCGUUCAUCACGUUAAUUUACGUGCUGAUGAACGUGUCGUACAUGACGGUGCUAUCCAAAUCGGAAAUGAUUUCGACGUCCACGGUUGCGAUUGUACGUGUUCGUCCGGAGAACAAUGUUUUCGAUUAUUCAUGAUCUUUUUCUUUCCCAUUCCAGAAAUUCGGAUCUCACGUACUCGGUGGUUUGACUUUCGUUAUCCCGCUGACCGUGGCCGUGUCGACGUUCAGCAAUGCACUCAGUUCCCAAUUCGAAGCAACCAGGUUGCUACACUUAAACAAUAAAUAAUAAUUAUUAUGAAUAUAAUCUAUAUCGUGUGAUGAGUAAUGACAUUUAUUACGAUCGAAUUUUACUAUCUUUUUGCGCAGGAUGUGUAUGGUCACCAGCAGAGAAGGUCAUAUGUUGAAUGCGUUCUCGUACGUGAGCGUCAAAAAACUCACUCCCACUCCGGCCGUCCUUUUACAGGCACGUUUAAUUCGGUUUAUUAUUUUUUUUUAUAUAUUAUACAUGUUUUGUUAUUCCAAGUUCGAAAGUAUGUUCUCAACUAUGGUUUUCCGUUUUCAGGGUCUACUUACGUUCAUAUGCUGUCUGAUUUGCGAGGACAUCAUAAAGCUAAUAGAGUUCACCAGCUUUUUAUUUUGGGUGUUUACUGGUCUUUCCGUCGUGGCGCUGUUGGUGAUGCGUCGCACCAAGAAAGACGUCAAACGUCCGUUCAAAGUAAAGCUGCAACGACAAUACAUGCGGUUGAUGUAUUAGCUACACAGAGUGUUUCUGAAAGGAACCACAUAACUAUACUUUUUGAGGUGAUUCAAUAACAGAAUUGGAUUAUUACUUCCAAAACACAUUUCAAAAAAUUAUUCAUGCGUAUAAAAAUAUAAAAUCCCACGAUAUUUCCUGCGAAAUCGUUUUCAGGCGACACUACAAGCGAUCAAGCGUAAAAAUGGCACAAUUAUUUGUAACGUACCAAUUAGCAUGAGGACUUCUCGGAAGAUAUCACGGGUUAUUUAUAUUUUUUUAAAUUAUUCACAUAUUCUAAGAAUUAAAAUAACACAAAAAAAAAAGGUUUAGUGGUAGAAAAACAAAUUGUCUUUAUUGAGACGUUCAAUCGUGGAAUUUGGUUAAUGGUUAUACUUUUUAGCAGACUGUCCCAUAAUGUAACUGUUCUACUACUGUACAUUGGGUUGGUGCUAAAAUAGGGUCAACACGAUGGCUUAAUAAACUUAAUUUCCUAAGCAUUCGCACAAAAAUAAAACGAAGCAAAAUUAUUAUUCUCUCGGGGUGAACAUAAUUUUAGACCAAUAGCGAAAAAUGGAGGUACGUCGUACACACAUGAUAGAAAUAUUUAUAUAAAAAAUCCGGGUCCGUGAAGUUAGCCGCACAACAUCAAUAUUAUCGAACCAAAUUUCCCCAAAAAUUUGUAAGUCAUUUGUAAGUAUUUGAAAGCAAAAAUUUAUAUAAUUAUUUUUAAGCGCAAAUUCACAAUUUUUAAGUCAUCCCUUCUUGAGUUAUCCCUGAAAUGUAGUAGUGAUCAAUAGUGUUUAGUGUUCCACUAUAAUAGUCUAAACAAAUUGGAAAAAAAAAACGACAAAGUUCGGAACUAAUUUACCGAUAGCUGAAUUUUGGUACAGAAAUAGUUUAUACUUCACAAAUGAACAUAUAAAUACUAAAAGUCCUAAUACAUAUCCAUUGUGCCAUUUUAACCAGGCUAAAAUAUUUUACAUUAUUCAAGUAUUUAUAAAUAUGGAUUUAAAAUUUGUAAAUUGAUUUAUUUAUCCUUAAAAAGAAGUUGGCUGCGCUUUGUCAGGCUUCUUGAACUUUUAUGCUCCGGCAAGUUAAUUAUAAAUUAAUUACUAAUAGAUAUUUAAUAGAUAAUAGAUAUGUAUACAGAUACUAACCAGUUUUAUAUGAGUUUUCUUUUAACACUGACACCAGAACAACGAUAGUGUUUAAGCUAAAUAUAAAAGUUUAUGUUUCAUAUUUUAUUAUCAUGUAUGCGCAUAGUUAUUUUAUUUUUUAAGUCAAUUUACAAAUUUUAAAUCCGUGUUUACAAAUACUUGAAUAAUGUAAAAUAUUUUAGCCUGGUUAAAAUGGCACAAUGGAUAGGUAUUAGGACUUUUAGUAUUUAUAUGUUCAUUUGUGAAGUAUAAACUUCUUCUAUACCAAAAUUCAGCUAUCGGUAAAUUAGUUCCGAGCUUUGUCGUUUUUAUUGUCCAAUUUGUCUGGACUAUUAUAUUGGAACACCAAACACUAUUUACCACAACUACUUUUCAGGGAUAACUCAAAAAGGGAUGACUUAAAAAUUGUGAAUUCGUACUAACAAGUACUUACAAAUAGUGAAAAAUAUUUUGGCCUGGUCGAAAUAGGUUAGAAAUGAUAAAACGUCCAAGUUUCGUGGAAGUUAGCCGCGAAAUAAAUAUUAGUUAAUUAAGAUAAUUAAAAAUGACUACACUUACAAAUUUCAAAUUUUUGCUUUCAAAUACUUACAAAUAACUUACAAAUUUUCGGGGAAAUUUGGUUCAAUAAUAUUGAUGUUGUGCGACUAACUUCACGGACCUAAAAUAUCCUACAUCAACCUGUAGAUCGGUAACCGAUAAGUAUAGUAUACUAUAGCUGCCCGUCGGGACCACUUUCAUCGAUCUAUACCACUUGACGGACAUAUUAUGGGCCACGUGUUUAUUAUACGAAUAUCGAAUCAGAAAAAAUUGCAUUCGUGUAUACGAGAGCAAAAACAAAUGAAAUAGAAAAUGUUUAGCAAACUGCUGUCAAACAUUUAAAACAGUGAAUCGAACGCUUCCCAGUCUGCCCUUGGUUAUGCCAGUAGCCAAUUAGAUGAAGUCCUUUCAGAAACACCCGGGUGUAUCGUGAUAACCUUGAAUCGUCUGACAUACUGUUAUUUAGUUACCGAUCGUCGUUCCCGUUAUCAUACUGGUCGUGUGUGCCAUCCUAUUCCUGACACCGAUCAUCAGCGAACCUAAACCGCAGUAUCUCGUAGCUUUGGUGCUCGUAUUUUCAGCGUUGCCCUUGUACGUGCCAUUCGUGUACCUGAAGAAACGAUGGUCGAUAGUCGGUACGUGUAUAUUAUUGUGAUUCUAUCUGCGAAAACCUAUUUAAUAACAUUAUUCGUUGUGGACGUUUACAAUGCGUGUGUUUUUUGUUGGCAGACGGUUUUAACCAAUUUGUUCGGAAUUCGAUGGGAGUGGCGCUACCGGAGAAUUGAGGAAAAUAUACCAGCCGAAUUUUCCGUCCUCGGAUCGGAAUCCUACUGGAGACUGCAUAAUGUUUUCAGUGUACCUACCGAAAGCCAGGAAACGAAAAAAAGGAUUCUAGCUGUUGUUUAGAUAUAAUUACUGUAUUUGGUAC